CGGCCUCCUCCAAAUACCCUUGGAAGGGACAAAUUUAGAAUCUUUACCAAUGACAGGAUCCACCACAGGCAGGGUCUCGACCUCAGGAGUCGGAGGAGAUGGCCUUUUAGAUCCACUGAUUCGAAAGGUCUGGAGGAGUCAUAUGUUCUCAGCAGCACUCGUCUGGCCAGACAAGAUGAGAAAGAGCCAGCCUUAGCCUCACAACCUACCCGAAACUCUACUUUCACCUUUAGAACCCAAAAUAAGGUAUUUCAGCUCUUCCACUCUCAUUAUAACAAAACUUUCUGCAUAACCGAGUGUGGUUACAAGAGAUAUCACCUAUGGUUCGAUUUGGAUACUAUAAGAUGGGUUAUCGAAUCAAUUCCAAGGGUUUCUGGUUUUAGAUCCUGGGCUCUCUUUCUAUUUGGUGAUAACCGCACCAUUGAGCUUUCUGCUGGUUCAAAUAGAAGAGGUGAAUUCAUAAGAAUUCAAGAAAAAAGAAGGGAAGGGAAAAGAUACAUCCUAAUCCCAUCUGGGCCUAAGAACGCAGAUGUAGGUUUGUUUAUCAAGGCUUUAUCUUUCUUCUAUGACAAGGUCACCAAGACUGUACAAUCUCAGGCCCUGGAUACUGUUCCGGUUCUCACCACAGUCCCUCAAGCUCCUAUACAACCCCAGAAUCUGGCGCUAGCAACAAACACUCAGCACCUUGAGGGAAGAGUAGCACAUAUUGGGGAGAAUGAGGAUGAUAUGAUGGUCGAAGAGGAUAACUGUCUAAUUGUAGCAACCACUUCCCCUAUGAGUGAAUAUCGUCCUGCUGCCUUUCAUGGAGGACCUGUCCCAACCCCAAGUCAUGCCAUCUUCCCCACUCUGUCUCCUUUUGCUCCACCCUUCGUACCUGUGCUGACAAACAACUUUGCCACACUUUUCUCUCACAAUGCAGUUGAGAACAAAAGAUGUGAUGAUCAGGACCCAUCCUCAAAGACUCAUGAUAAGAACCGGGUACUCCUUUUGAAUGCAGUGGAGGACAUUAUAGAGGAUAGGGACGGGCCUAUACUCUAUACCCACUCAGACGGAGAAGAUAUAGUUUUCAUUGACACCAAACUUAAGCCUCUAUAGAUGGACUUUUCUAGAUGUCUCAGACAGCCUUUAAACCUGCGCAAGGAACUUAAGGGCAGGAGAACUUUCUCCCCUUCACAAAUUGUUACUAGGAGCAAAGCUAAAAUUCUUGAAGAAGGUAGGAAAUUAACUCCUGUUGGAUGGGUGGAGGAACAGGAUUUGAAUGAAACCCAGGAAUCUUAUGAAGAGGAAGUUAUCAAUUUCUUUAAGUUGUGCUGCCCAAACAAAAAAGAGGUGUGUACUAAGAAAUCCAACAAAACUUUGACUAAAAGUCAAAAAAAGAAGGCCAAGAAAAGACUGAAGGAUGA